GUUCGUGAGAUAAGUGGGUAGCUGUGUAAAGUAAGCCAGCCAACAACUCCUAGUGUCGCAACGGGUAGACGUAUCUCAUCUGUAUGAUGCUGUACAUCAGAUAAAGCGCGAAUCACAAUUUUUUCGGCCUUGGAUCAUCUGCAAGCGCGAUUGCCUUUCGCCACGUGAGCUGCAUCCCCCGCCAGGCGAUAUAACGGGGCGAGCCCCGUGUAACGCUCUGCCACCCUUUGCGAUGGGAUCUCAGAUGCCUCGGAUACCCUGGGCGUGGUCGGAUUCAGACAGGCGAUUCCACAAGUACGACGCGUCUGGUGAACUUGUACGGACCAAGUUCAGGAAGGAUGAAGAUAGAGGGAGUAAAUAUCCUUCUGGCGAAGGUUGGACACAUUCCACAUCCUAUCACCGCUGCUAUAAGUACGAGUAUGGCAGCGACGGCACAAUUCUCGAAACUCUCUGGGGUUAUCCGGGUCCACCGUUGGACGCCGACGCCGACAUGAGAACAUGGCCCCGCUGCUCAGAAUGGACGCGAUCGAAUCACUAUAAUAGCAAUUACAGGCUAAUGUGGGGACUGAAUGAAGACGUUGUCUUGAAAACAAUCUGGGAAGUGGCGUCAACAAGAGAAGCAGAGAUGCUCAUCAACAGUGCAAGGAAAGCUGUACAUUUUGCAUCCAGACUUACUGAAUAUACUACAACCAGCCAUUACAUACCAGUCCCGUACCGCAUGUCAGACAAUGACAGAGACCGACAGCGGGACGAUCGGAACGAUCGCAACCGACAUGAAAGAAGCGGUCAUCGCGAUGGCUUUCCUUCGGGCGAUGGCCAAUAUCCUGACAACGGAGAUCAGCUAGAUGACGGCGACGAAACGCAACUGAGUCACCAGAGAUUCCGUCUUCAAUGGCCCACGCAUACUUCCAGUCAUUACCCUACACCUACAUAUGCACAUUAUCCUACGGAUCAAUAUCCGACGGCCCAUUAUUCAACGGCUCAGUAUCCAGCAGCACAGUAUCCAGCGGCUCAGUAUCCAGCGGCUCAGUAUUCGACGGCUCAGUAUUCGACGGCUCAGUAUUCGACGGCUCAGUAUCCGGCGGCUCAGUAUCCAACGGCACAACACCCAGUGGCUCGGUAGUAACCCAGGAAUUACAGAAAGGUGGUUGAAUUGGUUUCCGGAUGCAGCAUCUAGCGAAAAUAGCGUCGCUUCCAAUAGAUCUCGAUGCGCCUAAGUCACGUUAAUUAAUGGCUUACGGAUUCUGUCGCGGUAUGAUAAGGGUGAAGCGUGGCUUACGGGACCCAAUCAGUCGCUUUACCAAUCCUCGAAGUUUGUUGGUGCUUUUCGAGGUGAUGGGAC